AACUGCUGCCCGGUAACUAUAAUUUUUUUUCCUUUUCCAAAAUUAGUCUGUGAGUUCUGCAUACAUAGGUAGGCUCUGUAUAAUACAAAUAUUAAGGAACGCCGAAGUGGGCGCUUCCCAUAAUCCAACACAUAAGACUUAACCAUCCUCCUCCUAUUCAUCUCCUUACAUUCCCCUUUUUAAGUUUCUCUCUCUCUCUCCCUGUAGCCCACACAGAAAACCUCGCUCUCUCAACUUUUAUUCCUCAGUCUGCAGACAUAUUAAUUCCAAGCCAGAGUGAUAGCAAGAAACAGCUUUGCAAAUACUACAGUUUUGCUUCUCGCCGCCAUUAAUGCUUAUCAGCAAUAUAGCGUGAAUAGAGCCAAACUCUCUUUUGCUUUUUUCACGGACUUUCAAGACGCCAGCGAGCCCCCCCUCCCAAAAUCUUAUUUCUUCCUCGACGUUUCCUACCAAGAGAGGAAGUGUCUAAAAUGGAGCUGAGUAAGGUAACUUUGGAGAUCUUCACGAAACUGGAGCAGAAAUGGCUAUCGCACUGUGAAUCCACCACCAAGAAGGUCCGGAUCCUCAGCAUUGACGGUGGUGGAACCUCCGGCAUUGUCUCUGGUGCCGCUCUUAUACACCUUGAAGACCAGAUCCGCCUCAAAGCGGGUGAUCCUCAUGCUCAAAUUGCCGAUUUCUUUGACAUGAUAGCCGGCACUGGCGUCGGUGCUCUUAUUGCUGCCAUGCUCUCUGCCGACGAUGGAACUGGGCAUCCAAUUUUCUCUGCUAGAGACGCUGUCAAGUUCAUCACUCAGAAUAACUCCAAGCUCUUCAAAGUGAAUAGGCUCGCCAGAGUUCUUCACCGUCGGAAAAGAUUCUCCGGUAAGAGCAUGGAUAAGGUGCUGAAGGAAAUGUUUAAGAGAGAAGACGGAACGGUUUUGACACUAAAGGACAUGUGUAAGCAUCUCCUGAUUCCUUGCUUUGACCUCAAGAGUUGCGCUCCCUUUGUUUUCUCUCGGGCCGAUGCUUCCGAAUCAUCAAGCUUCAACUUCGACCUUUGGAAAGUGUGUCGCGCCACGUCAGCCACUCCAAGCCUCUUCAAACCUUUCCCCUUGACAUCCGUCGACGGAAAGACCACGUGCUCCGCCGUGGACGGCGGUUUGGUCAUGAACAAUCCUACUGCCGCUGCAAUCACGCACGUGCUCCAUAACAAGAGAGAUUUCCCAUCCGUUAAUGGCGUGGAGGAUCUGCUGGUUUUGUCGUUAGGCAGCGGUCCAUCAUCGUGUGGAAAGUCAAAGGUUAGUAAUAAUGGCGAAUGCUCGACUUCUUCAGUCGUUGACAUUGUGCUUGAAGGUGUCUCGGAGACCGUUGACCAGAUGUUGGGGAACGCUUUCUGUUGGAACCGUGCAGACUACGUUAGAAUUCAGGCAAACGGACUGGGGAGUGAUAGGAUGGUGGAGUCGAGAAUGGAGGAGGUCCUGGAGGAAAGAGGAGUAGAGUCGUUACCCUUUGGCGGGAAGCGGUUACUGAUGGAGACUAACGGACAGAGAAUUGAGUGCUUUGUGCAACGCCUAGUUGCCUCCGGGAAAACCAGCCUUCCUCCAAGUCCCUGCAAGGAAUCAGCCGUUAGUCCGCUUGCCAACGGCCGUUAAACUACUACUUUUUUUUUUCACUGUUUUAACCCCUUGUAACCAACCGACCCUUCAAGUUUUAUUUUAACUGUCCCCACUUGGGACUUAAAAGAAAAGGGUGGCAAGUAGUGGAAUAAUAAUGUCUCCGUUGUGAAUUAGUUAAUGUUGGAUUAAUUAGUACUAAGAGAA